AUGGAUGACUUAUCCAAGUCAUUUGUGCCUGCAAUUUUCAUACUCUUCCUUAUCUGUUUCCUCUCUAUAGGUUUAUUUCUUAAGAAAACUAGUCAAGCCAUUGACUACUGGCUUUUCCUUGGAUCCCUUCCAUCCCUGGCGAGGAACUCUAACCGUUUACCUGAAUGGUUUACUGAGGUAUUUUGUUCGCUCAGCAAAGGUUCUUUCUUUCUUGAUGGACCUAUCUUCUCAAAUCUCAAAUACUUCGUAACUUGUCACGACAAAAACAUUGAAUAUAUUCUUAAAUCCCAUUCCAACAAUUUCCCCAAAGGUCCAGAUUUCAAGCAAGUUUUCGAUCCACUAGGUGAUGGAAUCUUCAAUGUUGAUGCUGAUGCUUGGAAAGUACAGAGAAGAAUGGCUCACGCAGCGUUUAUAUCUAGUGAGUACAAAGAUCUAGUGUCUAACAUCUGUCGUAGGGUUGUAGAAGAUCAGGUAGUUCCCUUAUUAGUUCGAUUAGCUAAAACGGGAACAACCAUUGAUUUACAGGAGGUCUGUUCAAGAUUCGCUUUCGAUGUUAACAUGAAUACCAUAUUUGGAAAGCAUGCAAAUUACCUCUCUGUCGAACUUCCUUCUAAUGAUUUGGCUGAAGCAAUUGAUGCCGCACAAGAAGGCGUGUUUUAUAGGCAUACAAUGCCAAUGUUCAUGUGGAAGUUAAUGCGCUUGUUUGGAAGUGGUAGGGAGGGAGAGGUGACUAAAGCUGUCAAAACAGUAAACACGCACUUCUAUGAAUAUAUUUCCCAAAAGCGAACAAAUUUGACUAAGGGGGUAAAAACUUUUGAUCUCUUGUCAUUAUACAUAAAUAGAACUCAAGAUCAUAAGAAAACUUUUGCUCCUUCGCUACACAAAAAUGACGACAAGUUCCUUAGAGAUUCCAUGUUUAGUCUGUUUUUAGCCGGAAAGGAUACCAUAGCUUCGGGUCUCAUUUGGUUCUUUUGGUUGGUCUCCAAAACACCUUCCGUCGAGAAAAAGAUAAUAGAAGAAUUGAAAGUGUUAAUGUCCUCAAAAACGGGAAAACUAUUUGAGUACGGUGAGUGGCCAUGGGUUUUUGAUUCAGAUGAUAUAAAUGGGCUGGUUUAUUUGCAUGCAGCAUUAUGUGAAUCGAUGAGAAUAUACCCACCGGUAUCUUAUAGCAGGAAAACCGUGUUGAGUGAAGCUGUGCUCCCAGAUGGAAGUUUAGUAAAGCCAGGGAUGGAGAUAAUAAUUCCUUUCUAUUCCGUCGGAAGAAUGCCAUGGAUUUGGGGAGAAGAUUGCCUAGAAUUUAGGCCGGAGAGAUGGAUAGAUGAUGACGGGAAGCUAAACCGUCAUGAAAACGUUUCUAAGUUCGUUGCGUUCAGUUUAGGACCAAGGAGUUGUUUAGGUAAGGAUAUUUCAUUUACACAAAUGAAGGCUCUUGUUGCAGCUGUGCUCUUCAACUUUCAAAUUGAAGUACUGGAAGGCCAGCAUGUUCGUCCUAAACCAGCUAUUUCUCUUCAUAUGGAGAAAGGACUGGAAGUGAAGAUACAAAAGAGAGUUAUUUAGAUAUAUGAUAUUGCAUACGUGCCAUGUCGAAGAGGAUUGAAUGUCCUUUUCUAAAAAAUGAUGCAUGCAUGUGAUGCAUGUUUCGUAAUUAAUAUUAUUGCCAAAUUCAGUAAUGGUUGUAGCUGGUCGUAGAUGGUGGUAUUUAAUAUCUGUGUGGCUACUUUCACUGUUGUCUGUUAUUUUCCGUUUCUGUUUGUGUACGUCUCACACAUGUCCUCUUGUCUAGCUUAUGUUUUUGGCACUCUUGUUAGGCGUUGUUCUUUCAUUAGUGGUCAAGCAGAAUCUCAUUUUGUUUUUA